AUGGAGGGUGAUUUGGGGUCCCCCAACGCCAGCGUGCUGGGGGAGCGCUCGCUGCUGGUGGGCAGCAGCUGGCUGGCUGCCUUCCUUUGCUUCAUCAUCCUGCUGACCACGGCGGGGAACUUCCUCCUCAUCCUCCUCAUUGUCACCCAGCGCUCCCUCCGCAACACCUCCAACUACUUCCUGGUGUCCCUCUUCAUGUCCGACCUGAUGGUGGGGCUGGUGGUCAUGCCCCCAGCCAUGCUCAACCAGCUCUACGGGCGCUGGGUGCUGCGGGGUGACUUCUGCUCGCUCUGGUACGCCUUUGACGUCAUGUGCUGCAGCGCCUCCAUCCUCAACCUCUGCAUCAUCAGCUUGGACCGCUACCUGCUCAUCAUCUCCCCCCUCAAAUACAAGCUGCGGAUGACCUCCUGCCGGGCCCUCUGGCUCAUCCUGGCCGCCUGGACCUUGGCCGCGCUGGCCUCCUUCCUGCCUAUCAAGAUGGGCUGGCAUAAGCUGGAGUUUGAGGUCCGGUCCCCGAAUAUCACCUCCCGGGGGGAUGAGGACCAGUGCCGGCUAGUGGUCAGCUUGCCCUACGCCCUGGUGGCCUCCUGCCUGACUUUCUUCCUGCCCUCCGCUGCCAUCUCCUUCACCUACUGCCGCAUCCUCCUGGCAGCCUGCAAGCAAGCCGUGCAGGUGGCUUCCCUCACCUCCAACGUGGCCACCGCCACCACCGACGAGGUCACGGCACAGGUUCCCCGCACCCCCAGCCAGCCCCCGGCCGGCAGCGAGAGCAGGAGGUUUGCCAGCAAGCACAGCAAGAAGGCGCUGAAGGCGAGUCUGACGCUGGGCAUCCUCUUGGGCAUGUUCUUCGUGGCCUGGCUCCCCUUCUUCAUCACCAACGUGACACAGGCAGUGUGCGAGUGCAUCCCGGCCGGCUUCUUCGACGUGCUCACCUGGCUGGGGUACUGCAACAGCACCGUGAACCCCAUCAUCUACCCGCUCUUCAUGAGGGACUUCAAGAGAGCCAUGGGCAAAUACCUGCCCUGCUGCCGGCGCUCGGGGCAGCCCCGGCCCAGCGCCAUCUCCCUCUCCAUGAGGAACUCCAACAGCGGGCCCCGCGUGGCCACGUCCCUCAAGAACGUCCUCACCUUGCAGGCCGACACCGACUCCGUCGACUCCGGGGCACCGGUGGACGAACACAGCCUGCCGCCGCCGGCCGCCGACGCUGCCCAGGCUCUCCUGGCCCCCGGAGUCCGCUUGAUCAAUAUUUUUGACACGGAGCCCCGCGAAGAGGAGCUGCAGCACCGGCAGCUCGGCACGCCGGUGGCCUGA